UUUAUGACAGAAUGAAAGAUGGGUUUGGGAAUACAAAUAAAUAGGGAAUGCGCUAAAAUAAUUACAAUUUCAUUUAGCAUCAAAUAAGAUUGUAUUAAAUUACCUGUACUAAGUGUAUAAAUAAAGAUAGGUGCAAAUACUUUAAGACUACCGACCUAGAUAGGACAUAUAUUUAUAGCGCUCGCUACCUUGUAUUUGUACACUUUGUUUGAACAACUAUUCGGCGAGGUUUAAUACUGGCAUCAACCGACCUGUUUUGUAAAUCCUUUUAAUUCAAUUGCAAGAGAGAAAAACAGUGAAAAAAUGUCGGACAGUGGUGAUAGUGAUAUAUCCUGGGUAUUCUAUAAAGAUAGACCAGACUGGAGCGACAUUACACCGGUGCCUGAAGAUGAUGGCCCUACGCCAGUUGUAGUCAUCGCUCAUUCAGAAAAAUUUGAAGAUGUAUAUGACUACUUCAGAGCUGUGCUGCAAAAAAAUGAAAUUUCAGAGAGAGCCUUACAUUUGACUAAAGAUGCUGUUGAACUUAAUCCAGCUAAUUACACUGUGUGGCAGUAUAGGAGAGAUUUGCUGAAAGAAUUAAAUACCAAUUUAAGAUCUGAACUAGAUUACGUGGAAUCUGUCAUAAAACAAUCUCCAAAGAACUAUCAAGUAUGGCAUCAUAGGAGAGUGCUAGUAGAAUGGUUGCAAGACUCAUCGUUAGAAUUAGAGCUGACUGGCGAUGCACUUAUUCAGGAUCCCAAAAACUAUCACGCCUGGCAACACAGGCAGUGGGCUAUGAAGACUUUUGGACUUUUCGACAACGAAAUGGAUUUCGUAGACAACCUGAUAUCCGAUGACGUACGCAACAACUCCGCUUGGAACCAGCGCUAUUUCGUCAUGAACAACCACCACGGCUGGUCAGACCUCAAUGUCCAGAGAGAAAUCUGUUACACAUUGGACAAAAUUAAAUUCGUCAAAAAUAACGAAAGCGCGUGGAAUUAUCUACGUGGUGUUCUAUUGCACGACAAACGUGGAUUAGGUGGUAAUGCAGUUGUCUUAUCCUUCUGCGAGGAAUUGUUUAAAAAUAGGUGUCGCUCCCCGUACCUACUAGCGUUUAUUAUCGACAUCUGUGACGAAGCCAUCAAGAAAGGUGAGACAAACAGUAUAUAUUGUGCCGAUCGCGCGAUCGAGUUAUGCCAAGCCUUGUCCUCUAAGUACGACAAAAUCAGAUCAAAGUAUUGGAAUUAUUUGAGCGAAAACUUCAAAAAAACACAACAUAUCGAAAAUGGUGCGGCAAAUAACAUUCAUGAAUGAUUUGUUUGUUACAGUGUAUUUUUUUAGAUUCACCCUGUUUUCUUCAGAAAAAAUUAUAAACGAGUAGUUAUGUUUGACCAUUUAUUGAAUAGAAAUGUAAAAUCACAAUCUGUUUAAUAUCAAUUCCGAAUCCUUAGUGUCUAUUCAGACGGACCACGCUGCGGUGGCAAAAAUAUUGCUAGGCAGUGGCCAGUCACAAACUAUAUUAAAGUUACUCACGGCGGUUGCGAUCUGGGCGACCGCUGCGCUUGCGUGCGAGUGGUAGAGUUCUUGGCUGGCAAUGUUUUUGGUAUUGAUCGUUCGUUCGCGACAGCCGUUGAAAGCGACUAAGUCGUAACGUGUAAAUGGAACUACGCGACUAAGUCGACACGUGUAAACGGAACUACGCGCUUUCAUACAAUAUUGUGCCUGGCGACAUUUUUGCCGCUGCACGUCUGAAGGAACUUUAAUAUAUUUAUAUCGCUUUGUUAUACAAUGAAAUAUACUUUAAUUAU